CGCAGGAGUGGCGGAGUACUUCAUCUUCAAGUACGUUGGGCUUCUUUGGUCGCGGCGUAAUUUCCCGAUUCUGCGAGACCUCUUUGUUUAAUGGUAUAGAUGACCGCCUCCGCCAUGGUUACCGACGUCGCCAUCUCGACAGAGGCUUUCCUCGACCGGCCGGCGGCCUUAUCGGCCUUCUGCCGCCUCGGCUCGAGGAUCUCCCUCGGCCGCGAUCUCAUCGCCGCCGACAAGGCGGGGGAGCCGGCCGACGUGGGCCCUGAUGGGGAGGAUUCUGGUGGAGACUUCGUCGACUUCGAGUUCCGGCUCAAUCAUCCCGUCGCCAUGCUCCCUGCCGACGAGCUGUUCGCCGAUGGGAAGCUGGUACCGCUUCAGCUGGCGGCGACGAAGCCGGUGUCGAUGCACCCCGUGGCUGAGAUCCGCUCGCCGGAACAGCCGAAGUCGCUGAGGGUGGCCCAGGUCUCUGGUUCGGACCCCUAUGUCUUCUCUCCCCGCGCGCCGAGCUGCACCAGCCGAUGGCGGGAGCUGCUCGGCCUCAAGCGGGCGGCGAUCACGAAGGCGGACCACCCCGAGAACGUUUCGCCCGCCCCUGCUGCCGCCAAGUCCAAUAACCCUAACCCUGACGCCCGAUCCCUGAAGCAUUUCUUUCACCGGAACCACAAAUCGUCCCCGCUCGAGCCGUCGCUGAGCCUGCCCCUCCUCCGCGACUCCGACUCGGAAUCGGUCUCGAUCUCCGCCCGCCUCUCCCUCUCCUCUUCCUCCUCCUCCGGCCCGGACCACGAGGACCUCCCACGGUUCUCCCUCGACUCCGACAAGCCCAACCACCACAUCCCCAUGGUCCGGCUGGUCCGGCCGCUGCCGGCAGCGACGGAACUCGGACGGAGCCGGAUCAGGCGGACCGGGUCAUCGGAGAUGGCCACACCGCCGCCGCUGACCGUGCCGGUGGACAGCCCGCGGAUGAACCCGUCGGGGAAGGUGGUGUUCCACGGGCUGGAGCGGAGCUCGAGCAGCCCCGGAAGCUUCACGGGCGGGCCACGGCCGCGGCCGCGGGGGAUGGAGCGGUCCUACUCGGCCAACGUCGUCCGGGUCGCCCCGGUCCUCAACGUCCCAGUAUGCUCCCUCCGCGGUUCCGCAAAGUCCAGCCCGGUCUUCGGGUUCGGCCAGCUGUUCUCGCCGCCGAAGAAGGAGAAGGCCGGGCCGGGCGCAUCCGCGGCUCGGAGCGGUGGCAGCGCGAAGACCAAGAGCGACAAGGCAUCGAAUUCGUGGAAUUAGGCAGCAAAUCCCGCCUCUUGUUCAUCAAAGGUCGUUCCAUUACCCGUUCAAAUUUACCCUUCCUUAGUACUGUUAAUUUCGGCUUCUUUUUUUCGCCUUUGGAAUUCCCCUCUCCAAAAUCUCUGCACGACGAUUCGCCUGUAAAUAUUUGUCUCGCGCAACCGUUCUCUUCUGUCGUCUUGCGCUUCAUGUAAUAUUUAUGUGGUCUGUUGUUGCUGCGGUGCGGUGCGGUGCGGUGCGAUGCGGUGAGGUGGAUUGGAUCUGCGGGAGCGCACUACGGGCCAUGUGCUCGACGCCUCGAUCGGGGCGCGCAUUGCCAUGCCUUCUCCUCCUCCUCCUCCUUCCCCCCUCCCUCCUGCCUGUCCUCGUUGGCCGUACACCUGUACCCCAUGUGAUGUGCACGCCCUUCCAAGCCCACUUGUGACGGAUUAACCCGCAGGGAGUCAUAUUUAACCCCACAACCCAUGGGUUGGGGUUUGUCAACGGGUCGUAUUCUCUUGGGAAACGAAGCAAGAUAUGAAAUCAGAGGGUGUGCUGUCUCUGAGGAGCAGCAGCUCUGUGCUGAAUUGUUUGCACGUCGGGCGGAUCCCAAAUAUGCCGGUAUAUAAAUUUAAUUUCCA